UUGAAUUUACGUUGAACAGUAAACAAUUGUUUAUUUAUUUAUUCCUUCUACAGCAUGUAGAACUACGUCUUGAGCACAUUGCAAAAGCUGUAUCCGGGACAAUUUUUACGUUCAUUUAAGCACUAUGCUACUUCGCACUGGACCCAAUAUUGUUUUACUUCUUGCGCUACUUGUAAGCUUCUCCUCCAUCCUGCUGUCGUCCUCCGUCGGUGCUGAAAGAUGGUGUGCAAAUAAUCCCAAAGAUACCAUAUUCCGCCGGCUUGGUACCAAAACUCCGUACCGCCACGUACAGAACAAGGAUGUACGCAGCAUAGCCACCGUGAACGGCUGCACCGUCAUCAAGAUAUGGGGCCUGUUUCGCCACGGUACGCGAAACCCAUCGAAAAGUAUCAUCGAUCACAUGCGCACCACACUUCCGGAACUGCAGCGGGACAUACUGGAACAUGGCCAUAUAUGCCGGGAUCAGCUAGAGCUGUUCGAACGCUGGCAGCCCCGGGUUACAGUCGAAAACGCUAAGCUACUCGUGCGCGAAGGAGGCGACGAACUGUUCCAGCUAGGACAAAGGAUACGUAAACGGUUCGGGACGCACAUUCCGGAACGGUAUGAUGAACAUGAUUUCCGGUUCAAGUUCACCAAAACCGAACGUGCAGAGUAUAGUGCUCGGAAUUUUAGCCACGGUCUUUUCGGCCGUGACGAACCGAUCCAAUAUCCGGAGGCACUACAUCGCGACCCGGUGCUACGGUUUUAUAAGGGUUGCGAGAAAUGGAAGAAGCAGGUGAAGCAAAAUCCAUACUCGUACCGCGAGAUGGACCGUUUCGGUAGCUCCAAGCAAAUGAGAAGCGUGAUUGAGAAACUGUCGAAACGAAUCGGAACGUUCGUCAGCCCGGAAGAGGUACACGCCAUUUAUCAGACGUGUGCGUUUGAAACGGCCUGGAGCGAUCGGGACAUCUCACCGUGGUGUUUGCUGUUCGAUAAGGACAGCAUUUCCACGAUGGAAUACAACGAAGAUCUAAAGUACUACUGGAUCGAUGGAUAUGGUUAUGAUUUAACGCAUCGGCAGGCAUGUUCCGCUUUUGCCGAUCUGUUCACCAAUUUCAACGACGAGAAUGGACCUCGUUUCACGUUCUACUUUACACAUUCGGGUACGCUUCUGAAAUCGAUCGCCUUUUUGAAUCUAUACAAAGACAACGAACCGCUGAGGGGGGAAAGCAUGCGCCACAAGCGAAAGUGGCGCGUCAGCCACAUCGAUGCGUUCGGAACCAAUCUUUACUUUGUGCUGUAUGGUUGCCCUGAUGGAACACAAUCGAUCGCAUUAUACCACCAAGAGAGGCUUACCAAUAUACCAGGCUGCCCGGAAGAUGUACCGCUUUGCAGUUACGAGCAUUUUAAACAAAUGUACGCCGACCGUAUUGAACAGUGUGAUUUGAGUGCGAUGUGUUACGAGCCGCAUGUGCCUAGCAGUGAAAAGGACGAAUUAUGAAACUAUGUUUAAAUAGUGGAUUUUAUUUAUUUUAUGCGCUAUUGUGCUUACUUUAAAUACAAAAUGACGCUUUUGUCUGUAGCUUGCGAAGCACGCAAUUUUAAAUCGAAUAAAUACAGCACACCAGCGAUGUUGUGGAAACAAAACAAUACCCAACGAACCGUUUUAAUAUAUCAGCAAUUAUUUUAUCUGAUCGUUUGUGGAUCAAAUGCUUUCUCUCCCUCCUUUCCUUCAGGUUUCUGAGUUGUUGACAAAAUCGGUUAUAUCUUAUCUUAUCGAAGCGAUGCGUAGUAAAGCCAACAAUACGUUCUCCGCUGUUCCACAGCAGUAAGUGUACAGCGUGCGCAAGCUAGCAAGCGAUGCGCCAUAAGGCUGAAAAAUGAACUUCUCAGACGUUGUGUUGGAAACUCCGUUGAUCGUGGAAAAGUCCAAAUUCACAACGACGGCCAUUCUUUACCUGCAGCGACAGAACAGCCAAGAAGUGUACUGUGAUUUUGUCCCCGCCGCCGACGAACCCUUUCGUCCCAACUAUGACCGGAUUAAGCUGAAGCGUUUAUCUGUGUUGAAUUUAUCGAUGUGCGUUAUCUGCCGCUGCGACAUUAAGUACAACAAUCAGCGAAGAGCCCUGAAAUGUGACCAUGCAUUCCAUGCAAAGUGCAUCAAGCAGUGGACAUCCUUCCAGAACAUUUGUCCGAUUUGCAGGAUUGAGUUGUAAUGAACCACGAGCUAAAACCCCCGAUUUCGCAAUAAACUUUUCGAUUUGUUAGUUA